CCCCUCCAAUGUUUUGUUCUUUUAGGAACUUGAAGAAUUAUUUAGCAGUGAGAAUUGUCCAAAAUUUUCCAGAUGUGAAUUUGCCCACAAUAAUAGCUGGUAUGUUUUAUUUGAUACAGAUGAAGACACUCAGAAAGCAUACCGAUAUUUGAGGGAGGAAGCUAAGACUUUUAAUGGGAAACCCAUCAUGGCUCGUAUAAAAGCUAAAGCUAUUACUUCAGCCCCUUUCACUACUUCUUAUAAAAAUGGAGGAGGUAACUCACAAGAUCCUGAUUCUUACAACACUCAGAAUGUAAACCAACAACAGCCUCAAACUCCUGUUCAGUACACAUAUGCAAAUGUUCCAGGUGAAGGUUACAGUAAUCAGCAGGUGUGCCCUCCAUUUUAUCCUCCAACCAUGCUUCAAGCGUGGGCACCUACAACGCCAGCUUGCGUUGAUUUGGGAACUUUUCAAAAGUCGUUUUCGGAAGUUAUAUUCCAGGCAGGUGAUGCAAGUCAAGUGGAGAAUAUUUGCCAGUGGUCGGAAGUGCUUUCUGUAAACGGUCUCUCACCUCAGGCUGCUUUCAGACCUUUGAAUAAUAAUACAAAUAGGCAUAGUUAUUCGUCUAGAGAUAGGCCAGUAAAGACUUACACACCACAGAAUUAUAAUUUUACACGUAGUGAACAAAACAGGUAUUUCAACAAUCGAGGACAGUCCACGUCAUACCUUCAGAGGCAGCAAUUACAUCAGCAACCUUCAUUUCACAACAUUGUCAACACCAACAGCUGUGGCUUUGAGUACAUGCCGUACCCUUCAACACGUUCAAGAAAUCUUCACAAUUUUGGAGUAGAUAUGAAUUUUUUUACUGCUCCUAAUCUCUACUACAGUAAGCUUCCUUCAAUUUAUCCAACUCAUGCAUCACAAGCUCGGCACAAUCCAGUCCUGGUGCCUCGUAGCCAAGUGGGAUUAGGUGCAAUAAAUAAUCAAGACCAAAGUUACCUUGCUGUUGGAAGCAGUACUGUUAUGCCUUUUGCCAAGGAUACAGUGCUUAAUACAUCUUCAGGUAUUUCUUCAAAACAAAGUGCUGAUUCACAAGUGAAAGAAAAUUGGGGUCCAAAUCAAAGGCAACGGGGUAAAAGGUGGUGGAAGGAAAAUGGUAAUUCUAGUACUUCGAAAAACUUUCCCGAAAAUUCAAAUGGUGUAUUUAACAAGUCACUUAAUGAAAGUGAUACGAAACCUGAAUCACCUAAAUUUGACUUGGAAACUACUUCUUUUCCUCCUCUUCCGGGUUGCCUGGAAACUGAUAUUAUUGAUGUUGACGUAUAUGAAAGUAGGCUUUCAGACAUUGUUAAAGGAACUGUUAAACCAGCCACGAGGGAUACCAAAACUCAGACAUCUGAAUCUGCUCUUGUAUGUACUACUAAGGAUAGUUCCACUAUUACCAUUGAGGAAACUGUCAUCCCUACAGAUGCUGCCUUCACACCUCCUGCAUCUCCAGAAGUAAUAAAAGAAGUUAUACCUGUGAGUGAGCCUGUAGAAGACAGUUGCCUAGAACGAAGUGAAUGGGAAGACUUUGUUGAUUCCCCUAAGGAUAACACAAAUUGCAGCACCAGUAUUAACUCCAUAAAUGUUGUGCCUGAGGUACCAGCAACAUAUAAUGGCGGCAGCUCUCCUGCUUUUCAUCAAGUGUCUACAAACUCUAUGGUGAAUGGCUCAAUUACUGUUACAGAGACUGUCACAGGUACCACAGUUUUGCCAGAUCCUGAAACUGUUGCAAAUGUUCCUAGUGAAGUAAUAGAAAAUAAACAGGCAUCUGUAGUGAAAUUGCCAAAAGCUAAGCAAUUUGAAUCAUUACCUAAAAAUAGACAAUGUGAUACGCCAUCACCAAAGAAUAAAACUCCUGAUGCAUCAUCAGCAAAGAACAAAUUUGAUGCAUUCAAGGAUAGAGCAUCAGUUAUUCCCAAACAUAGGGCCUCAUUUUCUAAUAGUAAAAACGCUGAUAGUUCCUCAAAUAAAGAAAGAGUUAGUGAUUCAGUAUCAACUAAUUCAAAAACUGUUGACCAGCAAGUUAUGUCUAAAAACACAGAUGUUUUCCCUGCAAAAGAUAAACCUCUUCAAGGUCAAAAUAAAAGAGUGCUUGAUUCCAGUUCUAAUAAAGCUAAAGCCUUAGAAGUUGAAGCAACUCAUCUCUCUGUGAAUGGUCAUGUUGAUAGUGAAUCUACUGGUAGCAGUGAAGAUGAAAAACCCUUUAGAAAGUUAACUUAUUCUGAAGUGGCUAUGCGUGCCAAAGAAAAGGUGGAAAAACUUGCACAAGAGUUAAAAGAAAAAGAAAGGCAAGAGGCUAUGGUUCGUCAUCAUAGGCAACAAGAAAUGGUCGCUCAGAACAAACAAGCAUCCACUCGGGGACCCUUUAGAGAAUUUCCAAGGGGACGAAUAGUUGAACCCCGUCCUGGCCCAAAAGAAUGGCGUGAACGAAGAAAACCUGCCCGAACCAUAUCUCUUCCAGCUACUGGGCAAUGAAGUUGCCAUUAUAACCCAUAAGCAUUCUGAGGGUUUUACCUAUUAUGCAAAAUAAUUGUGAUUUGGUUUCUGUCAAGUUUCAGACUGGAGAUAUAUUACAAACUAUAUUGCCUCACAAGUGAAUUACAUAGCUUGCUAUUUAACUUCCUGUGGGAAUAUUUGCUUCACAGCUGUUGGCCCUGUAUUUGUAGUUAAAAUUGAUGACCAUCUCAGCACUGAUUAGAAAAAUUAAAUAUUUCUUUCAGAAUGAGAAGGUUGUCAAGGUGCUACCUUUGGUUGCAAGCAAAGCCCAACAGUGUGUCAAUGCAAAUGUAAAUACAGCUUUGGGAGAAAUUAUUUUCCUUAUCAGGUGCCUCCAUGUAAGAUACUUGAUGAGAUUAUUGUAGCAUGGACACAAGCUAGGGAGUAGCAUUUACUAUGCCAUGGGUCUUGUGAUGCAAAUAAUUAUGAAAACUGAAGAAUACUCGUCAAUCUUAAGUUCAAUGGCAGGAGCUUCCAUUAAUGUAAGUGGUGCUGCGUGAAAAUAGUCAAAGCACUGCUUGAAAAGAAUUGCAGUAUACCAAUGUUUGACACAGAAUUUAAUUGGUAUAUUAAUUUUUUGGCACAUAUCUUUAUCAGAUGUUGAGUUUUGUUAUUGUGUGCAUUAGAAAGUUCAUUUAAUGUGACAUCCAUGUUCUUUCAACAAAAUAAUGAAAUAUGCAAGUUAUUAGCAGUAUAUGGAAGAUAAAUCUUAAUCAUCUUGCGGCUAUUUACAUAAAAUAUGCCGCCUGCUUACAUUUGUGUUAUAAUUUCUAGUCCAAAUUUAUUAUGCAUUUGUUGCAUCGGCAUAUUAUAAAAUCAAAAGUAUGGAAGCCAAACUAAUGAAGACUGUAAAAUGUAAAUUUGUUAUUGUUUUGCGUCUGUGUCGGACUUCAUUCUUUUCCCCCUUUUAGGGUUUUAGAGACCCUUAUGUGAUACUAUAUUGCCUUAAUUCAGUGUGGGGAUAUCUUUUUGUGAAUUAUUGAAAUAUCUAUGAAGACACAUUUAAACUUGUCAUGCUUGUAUGAUAAGAGAGUUCUAGGUUGUGGAAACAAACAACUGUAACAAUUUUCUGUUGCAGCUUUUUCAUGUGUAACUUAAGCAGAAAUCUUUACCAAAAUUUAUAUACAAAACUGCAUAUUCUUUUCUUUCCCCACUUGGUAUUUUUCCAAAUAUGAGGUCUUAUUAUUAACAAGCAAAUAAGUUUGUGUGUGAUUUAGUUUCCUAACAAGCUGUUAUAAUUUUAGAGGUAUCUCUUACUUUAUAUAAGUAUUUAUACUCCAGCAGUGUGGAGGGUCCACAAAAAAAAAUUUUUUUUUUUUUUUCCUUUUUUUUCCUGCUGGGGAUUUCCCCCAUAACAUGUACUUACAUAAGGGAAAAAACAACAUUUUGAAAGUGUAAUUUGUGUGUAUGUGGAAUUAUAAAAUAAAUGUUAAUAAGAAUGAAAAUAUUGAAUGGAGAUAUGCAUGGUAACCUAACUACUGUAUUGUUUGCUUCAUCUAAGCAGCAACAGUACAGUGUGUAUAUAUUGAAUAUAGAAAGCAGAUUUCCAACAACAAAAAAUAGAUGCUAGUUUAUAUCUCCUGCACUGCAGAGGUAUAGUAUGAGACAGAUGAUAGUGAAGCAAAUUGAACUUAGCUGCUCAUAUUAUGUGAGAAGUUACCCUGCAUAAUUAAAAAAAAAAAAAAAAUAGGGUUGCAGUGCUUUUCUAAACUUGUCAUAUUAAAUUAACAACACAGCUAUAGUGUGGGGCAUAUUUGUGAUUAUUUUUUUACUUAAAAAAUAAAAGAAAAAAGAUUGGUCAGUUUCUAUGAUUAAUUACUUUUGAAAUCAUCUCAAUUUUGGUGUGCAUGUUACCAAGUACCAAAGAAAUAAUGCAUAAUCAUGGAACAGUUAGGGUGUUGAUUAUUAAGAACAGAUUUUUGGUUUGUGAUAGAGCAUAUUCUCUGCAAUAACUGAAAAUCAUUGCUAAAUGUAAAUCACUGCUUAAUGGUGUUGCACAAAUCAAUUUGCUUGUACUUCUUUAGCAUGAACUCUAUUGACUGACAAAUCCUAGCUUUCAUGGAUGUGACAAUGUUUUCAAGAUUGCUGUAUCAUAUUGAAGCCCUUGAUUUUAUUAUUUAAACCUGAAGAACUCUUCUUGACUUCUGUUGCAGCUUCUAUUCAGUAUUUAAAUAUUUUCAGAGAAUGCUUUAAAAAGAAACUUUGUCAAUAUUAACAUGACUGAGAAUCAGUGUAACAAGCCUGUGUAACUUCAGAAUGAACUUUGGUUUCGUGGUCAACUGUUUAAAUUCAUUUGCCAUAUGGAGAGUUGUCCGUUUCAAUCCGAUGGCUUAUAUGUUGGUGUAAUGUUUUCCCUGAUUUGAAAAACAAAUGAUUCUGACAGAAGUUUUGUAGUUUCUUCACAGUUUAUGUUGCAACAUAGUUACUGCUUUCUAAACACUUUUAAUAGAACUUAAUUUGCAACCGUUUCUUUCCCAUAAAGUAACUUUAAAAUAUACAUCAGUUCUACAUUUGAAAUAUUAAUACACAUGCAUCUGCAGUUUUGCUUAAAUUAUAAUUAAACUGUUAGUGUCCUUUUUAAAUAAAGUCUGUUAUCAUUUGGCUGGUGAUUUCUCAGAAUUUAUGUACCUUAAAUUUAUUUAUUAUUUAAUUGGUUAAUUUUUCUUCAGUUUAAAAAACUUUGUAUCUGCUGUUCUUAAAACUUUUCAUUAGUCCCUAAAAUAUUGAUUUGUAAACAAAUCAGCAUGUCAUAACUUAAGUGUAUAUUUUUGUUAGUUAUUUGUUUCAUAAUUAUGCUCAUAUUUACUGUGAACUGGGUUAGUUUGAAAAUUUUAUACCGUGAUGAAAUUGGUGUUUCUACCAACAGAAUUUUAUAUGCUUUAAUAGAUGUCAAAAAUAUUUUGGCCUGUAAACAGUCAAGCAUUUAGUGUUUGUGAUAAAUAUAAGCAAAAUGUUAAUUUGAAAUUUUCUUGUUGCUUUUAUUUCAUUGUAGAAAAAUAUUCGUAUUUUAAAACGUUUAGCAAUGUUUUUCAAUAUUAAUGGUAUGGGUUUUGUCUUUUAUUUGAAAUUAUCACCUAAUCCUAUUUUCAUUUGUACAGUGUUACACUUUUCGUUUUGUGAAUUAUGGAUGAAUGAUUGACUACUUGGGGGGGGAAGUUGCAUACAUACACCCAUUUUGACUUGAUAUUUAUGUAAAUGGCAAAUAUGAAAUUACUUUACACAUAGUAAAUACUUCCAUACCAAUAAGCAAGAAGCAUUUGGCUGAAUUUAUUAUAUAAUAAAUUGUUUUAAUUUCCAGA